AUGCAACUAUUUUCUCUAAAUUUUUUAAUGUACACCGUUGGCGGUGUAUGGCGACCUAUCAAGUGGUCAUCAAACGUCGCUAAAUUGUUAUAUAGCAUAUUUACUUCUAUUAUACUAGUCUUGUUAUACUUUUUGAUGCUAACUCAAUUCAUGGAUAUCCUUCUUGUUGUUGACAAUAUCGAUGAUUUUGCCACUAAUACUCUAAUGUUCCUGACUAUUGUUGCUGUUACCUGUAAAGCAACUAUCGUUGUAGUACGUCGAAACGCAAUUAUCAAAUUGGUACAAACAUUGUUGGAGCCACCUUGCAAACCUCGAAAUGAAGACGAAAUGGCAAUACAAAAAAAAUUUAAUAAGUUUAUCAGGUCAUGUUCAAUUAAGUAUUCACUUUUGGCGACAAGUUCCGUUACCGGUGUCACAGUAAGAUCAGUACUAAACGUCACGCAGGGUUAUUUACCGUAUAGAAUAUGGGUGCCAUACGAUACUGAUACAUCUCCAAUGUUCUUGAUUACAUCUAUUCAGCAAAUUAUAACUGUGGUUUUCGUCACUAUUAUAAAUGUUGGCACGGAGACCCUAGUAUUUGGAUUGUUUUUGCAAACGUGCGCUCAGUUUGAAAUUUUUGAAAAUCGUCUUCACAAAUUAAUAUCUAACAAAAUAGCUAAAUAUCUGAAUCCUGCUUCAUCAAAUAAAGGAAGAGCAAUAAUUUCGGAAUACAUAUAUCACCACCUCAGUAUUUACAAGUACGCCAAAACGGUAAAUGUUAUAUUUAAUCAAGUACUCUUUGUCCAAUUCUUCGGCAGUAUAUUGGUAUUAUGUACAAGUGUAUAUUAUCUGUCAGCACAUAUUACGGAAUCUGAAAGUGCUACUUUGAUAGUUUAUACUAUCUGUAUGUUUGUACAAAUCUUCGUUUAUUGCUGGUCUGGAAACGAAGUCAUACUUAAGAGUAUAAGUGUAGGAGAUACGAUAUAUCAUAUGGACUGGCCCUUACUAUCAAUCAGUGAAAAAAAAGAACUGUUAAUGAUCAUGAUGCGUAGUACACUUCCUAUAAAAUUUACUAGUAGCUUUUUGAUAACUUUAUCUCUUCAGUCUUAUAGCGGCAUCUUGAAAAUAUCAUACUCGGCAUUUAAUGUAUUACAAAAAUGAGACAUAAAUAACCAAGAGUGCGUAUA